AUCCAUAAGAAUUUGCAUGAUCACCUUUGGAAAAAAAUGUGUGUUCGCCUUGGAUCCCAAACAAUUUAAAAAACGCCUUGGAAGCGCGACUAGUCAAAGUGCUUCGAGAAUUGGUUCAUCCCGUUUGAGGUGUUUUGAUCUUCCCAGAGAAUAUUAUAUUUUGAAAAACAAUAAAACUAUUUUCAACGACAAAUAUUCAUUUUUCCAUUGUUGGGCUAGAAAUAUAAAUAGCAACCCUUGUACUCAUAUACUUACUUCCGCACAUUAAAAGUUUUGGAUUUAUAAAUAAAAAUUUUUGUAUGAGUAAACAUAUAUUUUUCAACUGUUCUCAUACCGAAUUGCAUAGAAAUUGAUUUUUUGAAAUAAUGCUUUUCCAUUUUUACUCAACAAUAGCCACUCGCAUUCGUCAUAAUCGUAGAUGGGAAAUAAUAAAUUUUAAAUUUGACCACAAUCACUUCACAAUAGUUCGCACUAUUAUACAUCUUUAUAUACGUGGUCGGGAAUGGAUUCAUGAGCAUUAUCCUGAUGUUCUAGAGCAAAAAACCACCGAUGGAAAGAUUAGAAGGCGAGAUGAUCUCAUAAUUAUGAUUCAUUAUGUCGUUCCCCGAUCGAGCAGCCAAAACCUUACCCAUACAAUGAAGCUAGUGGAGUCUCGCCAUCGAAUACCAUCCGGUUUAGGACAAUGGGUGCAAUUCGAAAUCAAACAUGUACCUCCAAACUGGUUAAAUCAAAAUGCUGUUACAAUAUCGCUCGCAAUUAAAACUCAAGAGUCGUGGAUGAGGUCGUUUUUAGUAAUCGAUACAGAAAAUAGCCAGAAUAAAGAAUUUCCUCUGCACAUUGAAGCGUUUAUCAAACAACCCCGCCGGCAAAAACGAAGCACGUCGUUGGAUUGCCAGGAGAGCGAUCACGAAGUUCGAUGUUGUCGAUAUCCGUUGAAAGUAAAUUUUACUAACUUUGGCUGGAACUUUGUCAUUGCGCCUACCUCUUUCGAUGCAUACUUUUGCAAUGGGGAGUGUAAAGUUGGAUAUCUGGAGCAGUAUACACAUACACACAUCGCAUCAUUAACCACUUCAGCUACUCCUUGUUGCUCUCCUACAAAAAUGAGUCCUUUGAGUUUACUUUAUUUUGAUCAGGAUCACAAUUUAGUAUUAAGCACUAUUCCUAAUAUGUCUGUAGAGAAAUGUAGCUGUUCAUAAUGAAAUGAAAUGACAAUAACAGUACAAAGCACAGAAAACGUAACUCGGUAAAUAUCACGAAAAUUGUAUGUAUUGAGUUGUGAAACGAAAAUUAUUUUAUGAAUCAUAUAACUAAUAUUUUGUUUUUAAGAAACUUUUUCAAGGCAUUUGUUAUUGUUUUUUGCACUGUUUUCUUAUCAAGAAUUUAGUUAAACAGUAGUCUCAUAGCUUACAAAGAUAAAUAUAAAAUGUACAUAUUUUUGCGAAAAUCGAGAAAAUGCUUGAACCAACUCUUGCGAUUACCGAGUGUAAAUUGAGCUUGUAAAAUGUUUUGUACAAUACAUAUGCAUUUGUAAUCAGUGGAGAACUUUAUACAACACAAAGAAUGUGUUAUGCUAUGAAUUGCUAAAAGCAACAUUACUCAUAGACCAAAAUAAAAAUUUAGUCAUGACAAAGUA